AUGGACUAUCCUGCCAAUGGCUCCUCACAAACCCCAAAGUCACUUGCCAGUGACAUGGUCAGCGCAACAAGGCCGAUGCAUACGAAAAUCAACAAACUGAUUACGUCUCGCCUGCCACUGGCAGUUCCUCCAAAAGCACCCGACUCCGGCCCUUAUGCCUGUGGCCUACUGUACAUUCUCCCGAUAUACAUGACUUUUGAGCAGCUGUGGCUGGACAUUCUCGACACGCCUCCCGGAGACGCUCCAGGCCAGAUUUCCGAGCGUGUACAUACGAUUCUCAAAGAAAUACAUCUCCCUCAGCUCUUCCGCUCCGACCGCCUCAGAGCCGAUAUCAAAUUCAUCACGGGCUGGACCGACGACAUUCUCGACCUCCAAAUCAACAGCGUAAAGGGAACAGGCGAGCUAUCCGUCUUUAUUUCACAUAUCCAACAAGCCGUCCGCGCGAAGCCACACGUCCUCAUCGCCUACUCGUACAACCUAUUCAUGGCCCUCUUCGCCGGAGGACGCUUCAUCAGAGCAACCCUCGAAAAGGCCGGCGCAGAAUUCUGGCAAAUUGUCCCCGAGACUAUCAAACCUACGAUGCAGUCCUGCGAGGUAGAUUCGUUCAUUGACUCCUCCUUGGAGCAAAUCGAAGAGGACAAUCUCAUGCCGCUGCGAUUCUGGGCUUUUGACUCAGAAAACGACGGCGAGGACUUGAAGCAGGAGUAUAAGAGCAAGCUGCUUCAAUGGGAAAGCGAACUGUCCGCAGAAGAGAGAGAGGAUAUCCUCCAAGAAUCUGUCUACAUCUUGGAGAGCAUAGGCCUGCUGGUUGGUCAGCUGGACGCUGUCUGCAGCGCCGUACAGGACGAGGAGACGCCGGUCGUACAGAUCCCCAUGAGACCUUCCUUGGCGGGUCUUGUUGGUGGCACCCAAUUCGGGGCGCGUCUGCGUGACAGCCUCCUCAUUGCCCGAGAGCGCGGUAUUGGAAAUCCAUUCCGGGGCAAACCACAAGACGCUGUGGAAAAAGAAAAGGGCACUAGCCAUGGCGAUGGCACAACAAGUACUGAACCAGCGUGCUCUGGUGUUCCCAAAUCUAUGAGGUUUGCAAAGUCGCUGCCCAUCCCGCCACGCAAGCAUCGUGCUGCAAAAGAUGGUGGCUCGGGUUUCGAUUUACAUACAACGUCGCAACGGCGUGAUGCUAGCGGCACUUUGAUAGGGCCGGCGCUGGUGGGCGUAUUUGGCUUGUUUUUCCUGUAUGUAGUGUACAGCCGCGUUGGAGGGGUUAUUGUAUGA